UUCUUUGGUCUAUUUUCCAUAUUUUCCACACACCUUCUAAAGCUAACUACUCCCGCAACCACUCUUAUCCACUAUAUAAGAAACGAAGCUCAUGCAAUGAAUCACAACUCACACAAUUAAGAAUCCAAAUUCCUUCACAUUUCAAUUACAUUUCUAACUAAGCAAUAUAUCAUGGUCCAAGAGAAGAAGGUAGUGGAUGAGGUCUCCGGUUGGCUUAGAAUCUACGACGACGGCUCGGUAGACCGGACAUGGACAGGACCACCCGAGGUCAAUUUCAUGGUCGAACCGGUUGCUCCCCAUGAAGAAUUCAUCGACGGAGUUGCAACACGCGACGUGACCAUAAACACUACCAACAACGAUCACUUCAUCCACCGCGCUCGGUUAUACCUACCGGAGAUAACACCAAAGGAUAAUGAGAAAUUGCCCAUACUCCUCCACUUUCAAGGAGGUGGUUUUUGUAUUAGUGAACCGGAUUGGUUCAUGUACUAUGAGGUUUACACUCGACUCGUUAAGUCUACUCGGUCUAUUUGUGUCUCCCCGUUUCUCAGACGAGCCCCAGAGCAUCGUCUACCCGCAGCUAUAGACGACGGGUUGGCAACGCUCAGGUGGCUUCAGUGUGUGGCCAAAGGAGACACACGUGACCCGUGGCUUGAGAAACACGGCGACUUUAACAAAGUUUUUCUCAUAGGAGAUAGCUCCGGAGGUAAUUUAGUCCAUGAAGUGUCCGUUAGAGCAAGUUCAACUGACCUGAGGCCAGUUCGACUCGCAGGAGGAAUUCCCAUCCAUCCUGGAUAUGCCCGGUCGGAGCGAAGCCGAUCCGAAAACGAAAUGCCACAAUCACCAUUUCUAACAUUAGACAUGCUGGACAAAUUCUUGAGUUUAUCAUUACCAAAUGGGAGCAACAAGGACCAUCCGAUCACAUGUCCGAUGGGCAAGGCGGCGCCGCCUCUUAGCAGCUUUAAACUGCCGCCAUUUCUGCUCUGCAUAGCGGAGAAAGACUUGUUGAGGGACACACAAAUGGAGUAUUAUGAAGCCAUGAAGAAGGCCAACAAAGAAGUGGAGCUGUUUGUGAGCAAGGAGAUGACACAUAGUUUCUAUCUCAACAAGAUUGCCGUGGAAAUGGACCACACUGUCAGUGCUGAAAGGAGUGCACUCAUUGGUAGGGUUAAGGACUUUAUUGAGAAGCAUUAAAUUUUGAAAAUAUUUCUAUUUUUAGGGUUGGUUUCUUAUGUGGUGUUAUUGUGUGGGUAGUUUGUUAUGUUUUCGUAUGAAUGUGCUGUGAACUUUUGUGUUUUUGUAAUAAAUAUGUAAUGGCACUUUGGAUUCAAUAUUGUAAUUCACUUUUUUAA